AUGGAUCCCAAAGGCAACAACUUGAAUCAAGAACUCUUCUGCAGAGGCCUCAAGUCGGACAGUCAAAUGUGUGACUGUGAGGAGUUUUUCCCUCGCACACAGGAUGAAGGCCAUUGCGCAGAGUGUGGCCAUGGUCGCAGUAAGCACCCCCGCAAAGCUUCAACGAGUCGUGAACCAGUACUGGAAGUUCAAGAGGAUGCUGAUGAAAAACCUCAUCCAAGUUCUGCAGUCGCUAUCAAGGAUAUUUUCACUCGAAUCACUGGUGGAAAAACCGUCAAUGACAACCUGAAGCUUGCCACUACAGGCAAGCAAGGAAGCCUAGUGCCGCUCACCAGUGCUCGAGAGGAAGCGUUAUCAACUCUGACAUCAACUCGGCUUGCCGGUUAUCAUAAGCUGGCCAAGGGCCCAGUACCGUCGGCAGGCUCGCGAAAGGAUCGUAAGGAAAUCACCAGCUCACAAAUGGUUGGAAGCCAAGCGCGCAGGAACACCUCUUCUAGUGUCUCAAUGUCGGGGAACACAUUUCGUGUUGCAUCAGUGGCCAUGUUGACUUGCGGUGUUGAUAGGAACGGUCUUAUCAGAGUAUCCAAAGUCCCAAGCAAGAACGGCCAAAAUGAGAUCCAGGCGAUGAAAAACCGUGGCUGUUACCUUGAACAGCAGUUCAUCAUCGAAGGUGGAUGGACUUAUCGCAAGGUCACCAGUCAGUUACGAAGUUGGUUUCCUAAAGUCUUUGAUUACCUCGACGGUCAAGUCGAGAAGCGACAAUCAGCUACGUUACGUGAAGAGAAGCCAAUUUGGCGGCUCCUCAACAAGUGCGGACAAACGCUAACAGUCGUCGAUAUCGGGUUUCCAGCUGGGAGUGAUCUUGCGAAACACAAGGGCCGGGACAAAGCAAGUGUUAGUGAUUGUCAUCUUUGGUUUGUCACAAGGAACCGGAUUCCUGACAGCGUUUACGAGUCUUGGAACACUCAACCCGUGAUAGCUGGAUCGGAUUCUGAACGCGACGAUUGUAACGAUAUCCUUUUGUCCGACACCGAUGAUUCAGUUAGCAUCAAGUCGGACAAUGAUCUUGCAAGUUCAUUGAUGGAACUUGAUAUGUCCUCGGAUUUGGACGUUAAGGACCCAAAAGGCAAGGGCAAGGCAAAAGCGGCACCUACUAGGUCACCAAUGAGAAGCCGGAACGCAAAGCGCAGUCACACUCUGCUUUCCCCGUCACCAUCAGAAGCCACUAGGAAAGCAGUCCAGAAGAAACUCAAAAAGGAACCUGCAAGUGACACUGCCGUUCCCUUAUUUUCAAUGAACUCUGAAUCUGCGAGCCCUGAACUCAAACUUCAUCCGUCGACCCAGCCCAGCGCUCAAUCCAAUAGCUAUAAAACGGUAUCGUUUCGUACUAUGACUAGUCGAGUGCCAGCUACCCUCAAAGUAGAGAACAAGAUAUCCGCUCCACCAGACUUUGUGUCGGUCAGUGAAGCGGAUGUCCUGUGGCGCGACAAGAUACAGGACGAUGACCCUUUCGCGGAAUACAUCAAUCCGUGGGACUCCCAUUACUCUAUGCUCAAUCUUGCCAACCUCCGAGUAAUUUGAGAGUCGGCAUAGGCUAUCUCGCAGUGACCAGGUCUGUUUUUUAAAUGACAGGCGCGUUAAUUUCGUAGUUUUUGUUCUUUGUGCAUCGUAGUACAUACUAGUAUCCUCGUCAUUUCAUUCCGUAUCGCUACAUUCAACUUGCACCCUCGUAAUGCCUCACCUACUAAUGAUAUCUUGCAGUCAGAUACAUGAUUCACUCGUUACUACUUUGCGGACACUCAUUGGAUGCAGAUGUGUUGUCACUUAG